GUGUGUGUGGGCUGGUUCCUCCCUGCAGUGGAGGAGAGAGGAGGAGGAGAGCGGAGCUGAAGGUCACAGCUGGAGCAUCAUCUUCAUCCUUCUCAUCACCAUCACGACACUGAUUUCCGAUCGUUUAUCGAUCAGCUGAUCGGAUCCUUCCGCUGCAGGAGGAGCGCAUGAUGACAUGAGACAGGAGGAGGACGGAGCGACAGACGGAUCAGCUGCUGCAUCCCUGCGUGUCUCUGCAUCCUGUCUGUCUGCCUGUCUGUCUGACUGACUGAGGGACUGACUGUCCUCCACCUGCCUGUCUCUGUCCCUGUGUUUCCACCUGUCCCUGUGUCUCCACCUGUCCCUCCAUCAUGGGGAACCGGGGGAUGGAGGAGCUCAUCCCGCUGGUGAACCGGCUCCAGGACGCCUUCGCCUCCAUCGGGCAGAACUCGAACCUGGACCUGCCGCAGAUCGCGGUGGUGGGCGGGCAGAGCGCCGGGAAGAGCUCUGUGCUGGAGAACUUCGUGGGCAAAGACUUCCUCCCUCGUGGUUCAGGUAUUGUCACUCGACGCCCCCUGGUGCUGCAGCUCAUCAACUGUCCAACAGAGUACGCAGAGUUCCUGCACUGUAAAGGGAAGAAGUUCACUGACUUUGAUGAAGUUCGUCAAGAGAUCGAAGCUGAAACUGAUCGAGUCACUGGACAGAACAAAGGAAUCAGUCCGGUCCCCAUAAACCUGCGAGUCUACUCCCCCAACGUGUUGAACCUUACUCUGGUGGAUCUUCCCGGGAUGACGAAGGUACCGGUCGGCGACCAGCCGGUCGACAUCGAGCACCAGAUCAGAGACAUGCUCAUGCAGUUUGUCACCAAGGACAAUUGCCUCCUGUUGGCUGUUUCCCCCGCCAACUCUGACCUCGCCAACUCCGACGCUCUCAAAAUCGCCAAGGAAGUAGACCCACAAGGUCUGAGGACCAUCGGUGUGAUCACCAAACUGGAUCUGAUGGAUGAAGGAACCGAUGCCAGAGACAUUCUGGAGAACAAACUGCUCCCACUGCGCCGAGGUUACAUUGGGGUGGUGAACCGCAGUCAGAAGGACAUUGAUGGGAGGAAAGACAUAAACGCAGCUCUGCAGGCCGAGAGGAAGUUCUUCCUGUCGCACCCGUCAUACCGACACCUGGCUGACCGCAUGGGCACUGCCUACCUGCAGAAAAUCCUCAACCAGCAACUGACCAACCACAUCCGGGACACUUUGCCGGCGUUACGCAGCAAGCUUCAGAGCCAGCUGCUGUCCAUCGAGAAGGAGGUGGAGGAGUACAAGAACUUCAGACCGGACGACCCGAGCCGCAAGACCAAGGCCCUGCUGCAGAUGGUGCAGCAGUUCGCUGUGGACUUCGAGAAGCGGAUCGAAGGAUCUGGAGAUCAGGUCGACACCUACGAGCUGUCAGGAGGAGCCAAGAUCAACCGAAUCUUCCACGAACGCUUCCCCUUCGAACUGGUCAAGUACUCCGGCUACGGUGGCAGAACGGGGCGCGGCGGCCUGCCUGCCUCACGCACCUCCCUAGCUCAAGAUGGAGGUGGCCUGGCCGACCGCCCCAAACCCAGGCCCGCGGGAGAAGGUUUCUUCCUCAUCCUGGUGAUGGGCACAUCUGG